GCGUUUUGUAUAUUUAUGUGUUGCCCAGUUCACUUUGGGAAACCAAGUUAAAGGGACAAAAACUCCUUAACUUCUCCUUUCUCAGGCCAUAAUCACCACCACCAACAACUACCGCCACCACCACCACCACCACCACCACCACCAAAAAACAGCAAUCCCAGCUCAUCUUGGCCAUGCCCCUCAACUGCAUAGCCCCAAAACCGGAAAAUCAAGGCAACAUCCCCAUGGAAGGUUUGUCCAGGACAUCUGAAUCCGACAACUCGGCCGUCCUUGCCUACCCCAUGCAAACCAAUUCACAAUCUAUUCUACAACACACCUUGUUCUCCAUAAAUCUCAAGUUUGAAGAGGUCGUUUACAAAGUUAAAUUAGAGCAGAAAGGGUUUUGCUGGGGUGCAUGGAGCACCAGAGACAAGACAAUACUGAAUGGAAUAACAGGCAUGGUUUGUCCAGGAGAGAUACUAGCGAUGUUAGGGCCAUCUGGGAGCGGCAAAACCACACUCCUUACAGCCCUUGGAGGCCGUCUCAAUGGUAAGUUAUCAGGCAAGAUCACGUACAAUGGUCAGCCUUUCUCUGGUGCUGUCAAACGAAGAACAGGAUUUGUUGCACAGGACGAUGUUCUCUACCCGCAUCUUACUGUAACGGAAACCCUCCUGUUCACUGCACUGCUAAGGCUGCCAAAAAGCUUGGCACGAAAUGAGAAAGCCCAGCAUGUGGAGAGGGUCAUCUCUGAGUUGGGAUUAACACGGUGUCGGAACAGCAUGAUUGGGGGACCUCUCUUUAGGGGCAUAUCAGGUGGGGAGAAGAAGAGGGUGAGCAUAGGCCAAGAAAUGCUAAUCAACCCAAGCUUGCUGUUGCUAGAUGAGCCCACCUCAGGUUUGGACUCGACCACUGCUCAACGGAUCCUAACCACCAUUAAACGACUGGCUAGUGGGGGUAGAACCGUGGUCACCACUAUUCACCAGCCCUCAAGCCGCCUCUACCACAUGUUUGAUAAGGUAAUCUUGCUUUCUGAGGGCUGCCCCAUCUACAAUGGUCCUGCAUCAACUGCCAUGGAAUACUUCUCCUCAGUUGGUUUCUCCACAUGCAUGACUGUCAAUCCAGCUGAUCUCUUACUCGAUCUUGCUAACGGAAUUAGCCCUGAUUCCAAGCAAGCAGCGGAGCAAAGUGAGAACAUGGAACAAGAGCAGAAGUCAGUGAGAGAAGCUCUCAUCUCCGCCUAUGAAAAGAACAUUUCUACUAGGCUGAAAGCCGAGCUCUGCAGUGUGGAUGUCAAUAACUACAAUUAUACAAAGGACGGUCGUGCAAGAAAUAACUUCAAGGCAGAUCAAUGGUGCACAAGCUGGUGGCAUCAGUUCAUGGUGCUGCUUCAGAGGGGACUAAGGGAAAGGAGGUACGAAGCCUUCAACAGGCUAAGAAUCUUCCAAGUCAUAAGUGUCGCUGUGCUAGGCGGUCUUCUAUGGUGGCACACCCCAACAUCCCACAUUGAGGAUCGAAUAGCCCUGCUCUUCUUCUUCUCUGUGUUUUGGGGGUUCUACCCACUCUACAAUGCAGUCUUUACAUUUCCCCAAGAAAGAAGAAUGCUGAUCAAGGAACGAUCAUCUGGCAUGUACCGCCUUUCAUCAUACUUUCUAGCCAGAACUUUUGGAGACCUGCCACUUGAGCUUGCUCUCCCAACAGCCUUUGUCAUCAUAAUCUACUGGAUGGGUGGACUAAAACCUGAUCCCAUCACUUUCAUCCUUUCUCUUCUUGUCGUUCUCUACAAUGUCCUUGUCUCCCAAAGUCUGGGCUUAGCCAUUGGCGCAAUACUGAUGGACAUAAAACAAGCAACUACUUUAGCCUCUGUUACAACCCUAGUGUUCCUGAUCGCGGGCGGAUACUAUGUGCAACAAAUACCUCCCUUCAUUGUCUGGCUAAAGUACUUGAGCUAUAGCUACUACUGCUAUAAGCUUCUUCUCGGGAUACAGUACAGCGAGGAUGACUACUACGAGUGCUCCAAGGGGGUAUUUUGUCGGGUUGUAGAUUUUCCUGCAGUCAAAUCCGUGGGGCUCAACCAUUUGUGGAUCGAUGUGUGCAUUAUGGCCCUGAUGUUGGUGGGGUAUCGACUUGUUGCUUAUCUGGCAUUGCAUCGGGUACAGUUGAGGUGAGUCUAGCAGAGUACCCAUCACCCAUCACCCAUUACCCAUUACAUCAAACAAGGCAGUUCGAAGAGUUUUCUCCUUCUUCAACUGAGGAAUAAUGUUAGAUUUUAGAUGGAAAUCAUGUUCCAUUUCCACCAUUUUCACUCAGAAGACUUGGAUAUGUACUACUGGCCUUUCUAUCCGUGACAGUAUAGACAAUAGUAAAAAAAUUCUACUGCUACUCCAUCGCCAACUCGAGCCUUAUCAAUGUAUGUGAGGCUAGGAUUCAAAAGAUAAA